CCUCUCCAAAGAAGCCACAUCCUAUUGGUUCUCCUGACUCAUUUCUUUUGUGGCUCUUGCCACACUUUGAGAUUGCACUUUAUGUGUUCCCCUCUAUGGUCUCCGUCAUAAGUGGUCAGCCUGUAAGGGCGGGAGCGGUGUUUCCAAGCUUCCAGCGCCCAGCACGGUAUACAUAUUAGAUUCAGCUUAAGGAAUACUUACAGGGCUCAGUAAGUAUCAGCUGAGUGAAUGCACAAGGCCUUUAAGGAGCCACUCCCCAAGGUCCGAACACUUCCCCAAAUCGUUGCAGCCUGAGACUCGGGAGGGCGUCCGAGGACAACCUCACCUCCUCAACCCCCACUCCAACCCUCCAUCCCACUGAACUGAAAACCCGAGCUGUGUUCAGAACCGGCUUGCAUUCGCGGCGCAUUUAAGCGUUUCUAUGCUUCCGCGCUCUUUGUAAGGAAAGCUACAAAGAUGUCAGUGGAGAGACACGCAUAUGGGGAAGGGAGAAAGGCACGUUUGCGUUUUGCGUUAACUCUGUAUCUGGGACCCAGGGCCCGACUGCCAGGUGAGCCUCAGCGGGUGCCCGCGCCGCGUCCGCUUUAAGGGGUUGUCUCAGAGCUGGCGGGCGGGGCGCUCCCGGAAGACUCCAGCCUCGCGGCCUCUGCGCCCGGUCCUCGGCCCUCCGUAGGCCCCUCCCCGCUCUCGGUACCCCGAUCGCAGGCCCUCCGCAACCCCUCUCCGCUCUCGGCGCCCGGAUCCGCGGCCCUCCGCUCCCCUCCCCCGCCCUAGGCGCCUCGGUCCUUGGCAUCACCCCCGCCCCUUCCCCGACCCUACUCCCAACCCCGCCUAGUUCCUGGGCGCCCCUGCCCUCCGCGGUGCCGGAACACAACGGCGACCCCGCGCCAGCCCUGGCGCGCGCGGUGACCCUGCGGCCGCCCGGCUCUGUCUCCGCCCGCGGGGCCACCUUGCGCAGGUCGCGUCCCCGUUCUGGGCCUGACUUCGCGUCUAGCCUGGCCCCUCCCGUUCUCACAGUGGGUUCAGUUCUGAAAGCCCCCGUACGCGCAGCCCGUCCCGGGCGUAGGCUGCUAGGACACCUCGGGCCUUAGGCCAAGGCCAGGUACCCACAGAGAGUGGGGCGUGAGGCCGGGAGGGACGGAUGGGCUGGCCCCUCCUGCGGCCAAAGGGGGGCAGGGCUGUGCGGCCUAGGGGUUGGUGCAGCCCUGCGAGGGCAGGACUAGGCGCAGGACCGGGCUUGGACUGCACGUGAGCUUCGUGGGAACCGGCGGCUGCCCCACUUUGAAGUGGAAUACUCAGCUGUGGCCUUGGACUCAUGUUGGCCUUGCCAAAGAGUGAACCUAGGUAGGUGCCCUUUCAGGGUAGGCAGCAUAGGCUGUGGACCUCUGGGAGAGGAUGGUGACCCCCUGGCGCUUCUCUGUCAGGGUCUGCUUGUCGCACCUACGCGGUUUUGAGCUCAGAAAGAAACUCAGCCUUCUAAGACCCUCUGGAUGCCCUCACAAUGCCAGACUCUGUUGGCUUCUGCUUGGCACUUUGCCCAAACUCAUCUCUGUCUAUGGGGACAUUGGAAAGGGGGCCCCUGACAGCCUGUGUCAGCAAAGGGCCAGCUGGAGUGACCUGGCUGAAAAUGGGACCCUGGACAGAGUCUCCCAAGACGGGAGGCUAGGCUGUCUCCUGUACCUCCGGAUUUGGCUCCGGGCUGGGGCUCUCUUGGUGAAAUUCGUCCCCCUCCUUCUACUCUACCCCUUCACCUACCUGGCUCCCAGUGUCUCUAGCCUCUGGCUCCACCUGCUGCUGAAAGCCACUGAGACCUCAGGACCAACAUACAUCAAACUGGGCCAGUGGGCCAGCACCCGGCGAGAUCUCUUCUCAGAGGCUUUCUGUGCCCAGUUCUCUAAGCUGCACGUCCAGGUGACCCCACACCCUUGGACUCACACUGAGCACAUCCUGCAGGAGGCAUUUGGGGAGGACUGGGGGAGAGUCCUCUGCUUUGAGAAGCAGGAACCUGUGGGGUCAGGCUGCGUGGCCCAGGUGUACAAAGCACGUGCCAAUCCUGCCUUCCUGGACAAUGACAGCAUCCAGAGACUCGCCAAGGCCUCCAAUCUGCAGCCUUCUUCAGAAGCUGGGGCAACUGGGGGGCUGAGAGAGCUCUCUGGUCACCUGGAGAAGGGGCGGAGGCCUCAAGGAAGCCUUGCUGACCAGGCAUUUCUAGAAAGGCUGCUCCUCCCGACAGCUGACCUGCUUGGAUCUAACGCAACGGCGUCUCAGGCUCUAGCACCUGCCCACCUACCUGAACCAGAUCACCUGGUCCCUGUGGCAGUGAAAGUUCUGCACCCUGGCCUGCUCUCUCAGGUGCAGAUGGACCUGCUGCUGAUGAAGGUGGGCAGCCAAGCCCUUGCACUUCUGCCAGGAAUCAAGUGGCUUAGCUUUCCUGAGAUUGUGGAGGAAUUUGAGAAGCUCAUGGUCCAGCAGAUCGACCUGCGCUGCGAAGCCCGGAAUCUGGAACACUUCCAGUGCAACUUCCUGAACGUGAAUUCUGUCAAAUUUCCCACCCCUCUGCAUCCCUUUGUCACCAGGGAUGUUCUGGUGGAAACAUAUGAAGAGAGCGUGCCCGUGUCCAGUUACCAGCAGGCAGGGAUUCCCGCUGACUUGAAGAGGAAGAUUGCGCGCCUGGGGAUCAACAUGCUCCUGAAGAUGAUAUUUGUGGACAACUUCGUCCAUGCGGACCUUCACCCCGGGAACAUCCUGGUCCAGGGUGCUGACGGUCUUUCCAAGGGCCAAGAGGCGCAGCUGCAGCAUGUGGACGUCUGUGACACGCUGGUGGUGGCUGUGACGCCUGCCCAGUGCCCGCUGUGCCUGGUGCUUCUGGAUGCUGGCAUCGUGGCCAAGCUGCAGGCCGCUGACCUGAGGAACUUCCGGGCAGUCUUCACAGCCGUCGCAAUGGGGCAGGGCCAAAGAGUGGCUGAGCUCAUCCUGCAUCACGCUCGGGCCAGCGAGUGCAGGGACGUGGAGAGGUUCAAGGUUGAGAUGGCCACACUGGUGACCCAGGCCAGGAAGAACACCAUCACCCUGGAAAAGCUUCAAGUUUCCAGCCUUCUCUCGAAUGUCUUUAAGUUACUGAUGACUCACAAGGUAAAGCUUGAAAGCAACUUUGCCUCAAUUGUGUUUGCCAUCAUGGUGCUGGAGGGGCUUGGCCGCUCCCUGGACCCCAAACUGGACAUCCUGGAGGCAGCAAAGCCUUUCCUUCUGAAAGGACUAGUGUCCCCUCCCUGACGGUGGCAAGGGGCACGCAGUGGGCCUUCUUUCAGAACUGAAGGCCACUCAUGACAGCCUCUCUUGCGGCAGCUUGAACAUUUUCAAAUUGGGCUGUGCGGAGGGCAUACCAUCGCUUUUCAUCCUGAUUUGGCUUCAGGCGUCUGUUUUACCAGCUUUGGGUUAUUUGGGGAAGUCAAGGGAGGGAAGGGUGCUAUCCAUUCAUUUGUAGAAGCUGGUGGGAGACUCUGUUUCAGGGAAACUGUUCUGUGGAGGAGCAUGAAUAAACUUAGUUAUUUUGUUUUC